AUGUCCUCCACCGACCAGCCCUGGCAUGCCUCCUUCCCAGCCUCAACUCUCGUCCCGGAAUCCCUGCCCGCAAACAAAGCCUACACAAUCCUCUCCAUGAAAAUCGCCAGCAUGCUCAUCAUCGACGUGCGGCGCACCGACUACGAAGGCGGCAGCAUCCGCGGCAGCCUCAACAUCCCCGCGCAGGGCUUCUGGUGGAACCGCGGCAUGCUGUACGAGCUCGCGUACAAAGCCGACAUGCAGUGGGUGGUGUUUACUUGCAAUUCGUGCUCGCCGGGCGGGCGGGGCCCGCGGUGCGCGGCGUGGUUUCUGGAGUUUGUGAGGGGUGUUGCUGGGGAUGAGGAUAUGCAGGUUAUGGCGCUUGAGGGGGGGAUGAGGGGGUGGGUGAAGGGUGGGGAGCAAUUUACGGGGUUGAUGGAUGGGUUCAAGGCGGAGUAUUGGGAGGAAAUGUUUGCUAAGGAGGGGAAGAAGGCGGAGCAGAGUGGUGCGGCUGUUGAGAUUGGCAAGGUCUAG